CCGGCAGACACAUUGUUCGCAGCCUGUUCUCCGGGUUAGUGAGGGCUAACUGUGCCGGGUGGAUGAGCAGCGCUCACAGCUGGCGCAUCAGCAGAGCAGGUCUUUACGCGCGCGGCAUCAUUGGCUGAGGCGCCAUGCGUGUCACUGGGAAGACGGCGAACCGGUAAACAGCUUUGAACGAACCAGUAAACUAGUUUCAGUGGCUCUCUUGUCUCUGUGAUCGCUGUCAGCGGCAGUUUAUCGAGCCGCGGACUCAUUGGCACGUUUCUCUGUCCGGACUGGAGCUGUCCACGGUGCUGAAACAUGAACCAGAGCGCGGGAGCAGCGCAGCACACCCGGCGGUACUCCAAUGAAGGAAAGGACCUGGGACCUAUUGGACCAGAUAGAAACUGGAAGGGCAUCGGCAUCUCCCUGCUGGUUAUCGCGGCGGUGCUCUCUCUCAUCGGUCUGUCCAUUGUUCUGCUGUCCAAAGAUGAUGGUGGUAAACCCUUUGGUUCACAGUUGACACUGGACGACCUCUUUCAAAGAAACUUCCAGAUACAUGAUCCUGAUGCAAAGUGGAUCAGUGAUGAGGAAAUCAUCUUCCGGAGCUGGGAUGGAGACAUUAUGAAGCUCAACACACACAGCAACGAGACAGAACUGCUGCUGAAAAACACAACAUUUGCAACAUUUAAGGCCUCAAAGUUUGCAGUUUCUCCAGAUCUGAACUUUGUUCUUCUGGGAUAUGAUGUCAAGCAGGUCUACCAGCACUCUUUCUUUGCAUCAUAUCUGAUUUACAACCUGUAUACAAGAGAGGUGCGAGAGCUGAAUCCUCCAGAGGUUUCAGAUUCUGUCCUCCAGUUCGCCUCAUGGGGAGUUCACGGUCAGCAGCUGAUAUAUAUAUUUGAAAACAACAUUUACUACCAAAUGGAUGUUCAGAGCAGCUCGUGGAGGCUCACCUCUUCUGGACAGGAGGGGAUCAUCUUCAAUGGCAUCACAGAUUGGCUGUAUGAGGAGGAGGUUUUGCACACACAGGUGGCCCACUGGUGGUCACCUGACAGCUCCAGACUGGCCUACCUCACCAUCAACGAUUCACUGGUUCCAAACAUGCUGCUGCCCCGCCUGACAGGCUCGCUCUACCCCCGGGGGAAGGAGUACCCGUAUCCAAAGAUGGGACAAAUCAAUCCCACUGCCAGGUUAUAUGUGGUUACUCUGGAUGGCAGCUCCAUAACCACUGAGCUGAGACCUCCUGACAGCUUUGAAAAGAGUGAGUACUACAUCACCAUGGUGAAGUGGGUGACACAGGACAGGCUGAGUGUGCGUUGGGUGAAUCGAGCUCAAAACAUGUCGAUACUUUCACUGUGUGAUGUCACAACAGGUGGCUGCACCAAGAAACAUGUGAUGACAUCAGAGAAGUGGCUUGAUCGUCAGAAUGAGGAACCAGUAUUUUCCAAGGACUGCAUGACAUUCUUCAUCACUAUGCCCUUAAAACACGGCGGCCUCGGAACAUUCAGCCACAUCACCAUGAUCUCUAACCAAUCUGAGGGCCAAGAGAUCAACCUCCGACACCUGACCUCAGGAAGCUGGGAGGUCUCUCAAAUUCUGGCCUAUGAUGAGAGCACAAACUCAGUAUAUUUCCUGAGUACAGAGGAAGGCUCAACACGGCGGCAGCUGUACAGAGUCUCCACUGUGGCUCCAUUUCAUAAAGAAUGCCUCACCUGCGGUCUCUUCAGAUCAAAGUGCACCUACUACGACUCUGUCCUCAGCCCGAACUAUCACCAUGUUCUCCUCAGCUGCAGAGGUCCUGGAAUACCCCAAACUACCCUCCACAAACUCAGUGACAUGAACAAGCACAAGAUUGUGGAAAUGAACACAGUAUUAAGACAAGCACUGGUAAACAGGACAAUACCCAAGUGGGAGAGAAGAACGGUACAAAUCAACAACUUAGCACUUCGUCUGGAGCUAAUUGUUCCAGUAGCUUUGGAUGAAACAAAGGAGCACCCACUUUUACUCAUUCUUGACAGCGCCCCUGGUGGUCAGGCCGUGAGCGAGCGCUUCUCUCUCAGCUGGGACUCGGUGCUGGUCAGCUCGGACAGCGUCAUCGUGGCUCGUCUAGACGGCCGGGGCAGCGGCUUCCAGGGUCAGAGGAUCCUGCAUGAGGUCCACCAGAGACUGGGAACUGUUGAUGCUCAGGACCAGAUCACAGCUCUGCAGCACCUGGUCAGACUACCCUACAUCGAUGGGAACAGAGUUGGACUUUAUGGAAAGGCGUACGGAGGGUUUCUGUCCUCUCUCCUGCUGCUCUCACACAGCUCCAUGUUCCAGUGUGGCAUCGCCGUCGCUCCCAUAACCAACUGGAGACUCUAUGGGUCGGCCUACACUGAGAAAUACUUUGGCUCCCCAGCAAACGGGGAUCACAAAUACCAGAUAUCCAGUGUGCUCAGUAACAUCACAUCAUCGAGUCCUCUCAACUUUCUUAUCAUCCAUGGCACAGCAGAUGCCACUGUUCAUUUCCAGCAUUCUGCUGAGUUGGUCAAACUGCUGUCUGCAUCCAACGUUAACUACACUCUCCAGAUUUUUCCAGAUGAAGGACACAAUAUCGCCUCCACCAAGAGCCAACACUACAUGCUGAACUCAGUGCUCACCUUCUUCAGACGCUGCUUUGAGGAGGAGGAGGUCGUUGUCCCAGAGAAAUCUAAAGAGGAUGACUAGCCUAUAGAAUCUCCUUUGAUGAAGAGUGAAGAGUGUAGCCAUGAGGCUGUGUUUUCCUGAAGGGCUGCUAUCUAAAAAAAUAAAAAGCACUCUUAAAGCAUAAGUAUGUCGGAUAUGUAGCAUUACAUUUGUCAGGAUAACCAGCGUGGUGAGUCCAGGGUUCUGCUGACUGACAAGAUAGUUGUAUUGUCACUGUAUUCUAAUGCUUCAGAUUAAACUUAUUGUUUGUAUGUUUGUAUCAUGUACUGAGUACAGAUGUCAGGGAAUCAAAGAAACUUGUAUUUUUCCAUUCUUAGAGUAUAAUUUUUGCUGAUUGCUGUAAUCUACUGUGAAAAUUUCUAUUUACUGCAAACAGAAAGUUAACUUGGAAGAUCAUAUCACGCAAACAGUUUAUGCGGGUGCCUUUACCUCAUUGUAGUCAUCACGACUGUGUUUUUGCAGCCUCAUAGCCAACACAGUGUUCAUAGACGUACCAUGAUGUCUAAUUACAUAAUGAGGAUUGAACAUCAUCAGCACUGAGGAUUACCAGAGCAUCUGCAUCUGCAGCAGUGAUUGAUUUGUUCCUGAUUCUUAUCAUCUCGCCAAAAAACUAGAAAACAAUUGCCAUAUGGUGGUUCAAAGCACAUCCAGGUAGCCAUCAUGUGAAACUAACCCACUGGAACAGUUAAUUUCUCUCGGGAACGUGGGUUUAUAUUAAUAAUACCUGCACUGUUCAGUGAUUUAAAUCCCAUCUGGAGUGCAGGAUUUAUUUCAUCCCUAACUCAGUCAUAUUUGCAGCCAAAUGUAAUAUAUGACAUGAUAUGCUGAUACAUAUUAGAGCAUAAUAUGGCCAGAAAUGACAGAAAAACACCAUAUUGUGGGAUGUCCAAAAAUGACCCUAGAAAUAACUUAUUCUAGUCUGUUGACUGUUGAUAUAUGUGGUAGUAUAGUGUCUAAAAAGAGAUAGAGAAAAAAAAUACAAUAUUCCAAAAAUUACCCCCUCAAAAAAGGUUGAUUUUUGUCAAAUUUUAAAAUGGCUAAAAAUACUUAAAAUAGAUCAAUUAUAGUCUGUUGAUACAUGUGGAAGUAUAGUUUGUCCAAAAAUAGCAGAAAAACUCCAUAUUAUGGGAUGUCCAAAAAUGACCUCCUCCAAAAAAAGUCAUACUAUUGCAUGUCAAAAUGGUCAAAUUUUAAAAUGCCUAAAAUGCUUAAAAUGGGUCAAUUAUAUCUGUUGACACAUAUUUCAGCAGUCUGUGGCCUAGAGAUUACGAAUUGGGCUUGUUACCAUAGGUUCGAAUCCCAGGGGUGGCAGCCCCUGACUGAAUUAGCCAUAAAUGACAGAAAAACACAAUAGUAUUUCCAAGAACUGAAAAAAAGUAUAGUAGCCUAUGUCAAUUUUUGUCAAAUUCUGAAAUGCUGAAAAUGGUUAAAUUCUAGUCUGUUGAUACAUAUUAAAGCAUAAUAUGGCCAGAAAUUACAGAAAAACACCAUAUUAUGGGAGGUCCAAAAAUGACUCAGCUCAAAAGAAAAGUCAUACAUAGUAUGUCGAUUUUUGCCAAAAAAUGAUAUGAUAUUAUAUGCCACCAUAUGAACAGUGGACUUGCGUCGUCGUCAUGGCUACGUCACUGGCAGUUGUGUGUGCAGACUGGUGGGAAAAAACUCAGAGGAAAACAUCAGAAAUUCUCCGAUAUAUGUUUAUAUUAUUUAUGCAUAUGUGAUUGUCUAGAGCUAUUGUUGACUUCAGAUUCCUGCAUUAAUGUAGCUGAUCAUAUAGUAUAUACAAACAUUCAGUAUGCUUAUUCAUGAAAAUUCUUCAUUUCAAACAUACAUAUAAUUAUUUUAUAUUUACAUAUAUAAUGUCAACAAGUACUGACAGGCUUGGGGAUGGAAAUAUGUAGGCCUACAUACCAUAAAUGUAUAAAAAUACACAUGUAAAUAUCGCAAAACAUAUCUACAUUUUUCCAUAUAAAAACCAAUGUUAAAAGUAGGAUGCUAUUAUAUUGUUAAAUCUUGUUCUAGUCUUGCUUGAUCUGCAUAAUAGAAUUAAGUUGACUUUACUUGCAAAUGUGUUUUUUAUGUACAAAGAAUUAAGCAGUUUAUAAAGGCAAUUUGUUAAUGCAAAAAGUUGCCUUAAUUUUAUGUCAAUCAAGCAAGAUUUUUUUGUUUGUGUGCGAUCCUUCAUGGUCUGUCAAAGGAGACUUUCAGCUUUGUCCUGCUGAAUAUUUCAUGAAAAAGUCCAUCACUCUUUCUGUCAUGCUUUUUUUCUUAACCCUUUGAUGCACAACAUGGGUCUAAAGUGACCCAACAGAGUUUUUAUGUUCUAUAUCUUUGCAGUAAAUUAUUUUCAUCAUUCAGUAUUCCAGGUUAUCCUCAAUUAGUUUGUUUUUGAUCAACAUACAUCCUAAUUUCAUGUUUUCCUUUAUUUUUUUUAAAUAAAAUCCCUUUUUGUGUCACUACUCUUCUAAUGCAUAACAUGGGUCAAAAAUGACCCAUAUCCAAUUUUAUAGCUAAGUAGCUUGCUAAGCUAACAACUAAGCUAACUU